UCACGAUGCAGUGUUGUCGUGGUGACCGUAUAAAUACCAGCCAGCCUACACGGGUGCAGAGAGAGACAGCAAGCAGGCUUUACAUGGCUACUGAGAAAACGCGCGACAAGCCGUGCAACUUUGUAGACCAGGAUCAAAUCUGGAGAGUUCAUGUUAAUAUUGAACUUGAAUCAGCCAAAGCUUGGCCAAGUAAAUGGGGUUUUCUGAAAGAGUCCUACAGUGAGGUGCUAACAGAGGGCAACAGGGUGAGAGAAGACAUGGAGAAACUGGAGCUUCAACAACAUUUGAGGACACACCUUCCCACCCCGCCUGAGACAUAUAUCAAGGUGACGCCGUCUCCCCCCGUUCCCCAGACAACGCAGGCUUUCAUUGGCUGGCGUUCUGCAGUGCCUGAGAUGCAGCUGGAUCAGUUUGGGCAGGUGAACCGGGGCAAGAAGAGCUUCCUCAAGGAGCUUGGCUGGUCCAUCGACUCCUGCCGUUAAUGUACAGCGGCCAUAUGCCCAAUUCCAGCGGCAUUUCCACAGUAUUCAUGCCCUCCCCAACAAGCAACUCAUUUAUAAAAUACCAUUUUUACCUACCACGGCUAGCUAGAAAUAAUCUCCUUACCACAUUUAUAGUUAAAUUCAGGUUCCUGUAAUUACAGUGCAGACACAGGAAUAACUUGAAUUCGUGGCCCUAAAAUGAUUAACUGCAUGCUUUUAUUAUAAUAUAUUUGCUGUAAUUAACACUUUUUUUUAGAUGACAAAAAAAUUCAGCAAUGUAGGUAUUCUACAAUGGGUUACACGCUGUGGACAUCAGAAACUUGCCUGAAGCAUGCAUGGAAAUGACAAUUAAGAUGACAGUGGACUGUAUUCCAAGCAUCCCACAAUGGACAUUAUAUACACAGAUACAUACACACAACCGUGUGGUGAAUUGGGGGCUGUGUGUCCAGCAUUUUCACGUUACACUUUGUGAAUUCCUUCAUUUUUAUGACAGUGGGAAGUAAAUUCCUUCAGGUGAACAUUGUCUAUCCAUUUCCCGCCACAAGGCAGGGGACGCCCCAGACAGGAUUACAGACUCCAAUUGGGCAAUUCGUGUGUUUUUUUUAAUUUUGACUUUAUUUCACCACUUGAAUGCAGAAUAAAAACCGACAUGCCCAUGGUCCUUAUAGGGCAUGACAGCCUGCUGCCUUUAGAUAUUUUAUUGUUAUGUUUUAUGUAUUUAUAUAUUUUAACACUUGCAUCCUGCAAAUAACCUUCAUUUAAUAAAGUAAUAGUUAUAACAGAAAAGAAACAAAAUGCUUAGUGAAGCUGUCUAAACGUUUUUGAAUGUUGUGUUUGUUGGGCAGAUUGGAUAACGGUGAGAUGGUGACGGUUGAUGUCCUAUUUUUAUCAUUAGGUCAUUGCACAGCAGGUAGAGGAAAGAACCAAGAUCGAUUUUUAUAAAUGGAGUUAGAAUUUGAUUUAUCUUUUUUUUUAUGACAUUAACAAAUGUAGCUGAUUCUCCAUGGAAUUUGAAAGUCAGGGAUAAAUUGUAUUACAAUGUAAA